GACCCAACACUAAGCAUCAUGAAAGCCUUCGUAGCGUGCAUAGCCCUGGCGCUGGUCGCGUCAUCCUACGCCGAAGCCCCGUCCGGCUACAACUACAACCGGCCGUCCGGCGGCUCUGGCUUCCACGGCAGCAUCGGUGGUGGCGGCGGCGGCGGCUACCGCGCCGUCUCCUCUGGCUACCAGACCUCCGAGGGCCAGUAUGUCGACCCGCAGCUGCUCGAGCAGAUCCGCCAAAUCCUCCUCAAAGAAGAGGCGUCCGGGUCCGGCGGCCACGGCAGCCACGGAGGCGGCGCCCCGUCCUCUUCCUACGGAGUCCCCUCCUCGUCCUACGGCGUUCCCUCCUCGUCCUACGGCGUGCCCAACGCACGUGUUGUAGGCAUCAACCUUGAGGGAGUCCGUCAGGCCAUCCAAGUCGCUGAGUACGAGCAGGCGGGCGGCAGCGCUGGCGGCUACCCCUCCGGUCCCUCGUCGUCCUACGGCGCCCCCUCCUCGUCCUACGGCGCCCCCUACUAAACCCCCGUCUAAAUAGAACGCCCCGCGCGUUCGUUGUUAUUCGGGCGUCGCGCUCCCAUCCCCCGACCCCCGAACGUUACUGGCCGGCGCACACGUACAAUGUAGGUGGUGCCGGCCGCCGCGACCACCGGGCCAACGCUGCGACUGUGCACGCUCUCGGGUUUCCCGCCGGCCGCCAGUCGUCUAUUUGACAGCUGUCAGGCGUUGCGUUGACGUUGACGGCUGUCAGACGUCGCGCUGACGUCGACAGCUGUCAAACGCGAAGUGGCUCGCCGCCGGGAACGAACCAAUUAUUGUUUUGUAUAAAGUUUAUCGUUAAGUGUAGAUUAAUUUAUAUAAUAUAGUAAGUUUAUGUUUUUUACAAAAAAUAAAUACAU